AUGACCUCUACAUCUUCCACGGGUCACGAUAGCGACGACGCAAAGCUGCCGGGCAACUACACUGAAUCCGCCGCUUCCCAUUCGUCACUCCCCGCCAUGCGCCGAGAUGGACGCUCCUUCCUCAACCUACCCGCAGAGCUGCGCUGCAUGAUCUACGCAUAUUUCACACCAGAAGAUCAGCCAAAUAUCUACCCUACGCCUUCAGUCUACAACGUUCUGCUACAUAUAUGCAAGCAGAUCCGAGAAGAAGCACAGAAGGAAAUCCAGAAGGCCGCCGAUAAGUACUUUCGCGCUCAGGACGCCAAAUGGCUUCGCAAACCUUGCUUCCGUUUCAUGAUAAAACCCGUAAUCGACCCCACGGAAGUCACCGUCAUCAUCCCAAAAGCCUUCCCCCAAAUGCAUGCUCUGGAUGAUUUGUUCCUCAACAUUCCGCUACUUCGCCUGCGGCUCCGACAACUCAACUUCGACAUUUCUAAAGCGAAAUCAAAAGCCAGCCAUUCAAAAAAGGCGGACCUUCUGGAGCUGCUCCAUUAUUGGAUCAAGCUUCACAAGCCCCAGGCGUUCCGGACGACUAUUAGCUGGGGGCACUGUCAGUCCUGGGCAACAGCAACGGAGAUGAAUAACUGCUGCAGGAAAUUGGAAUUGAAAACCCGUCCACGUGGAUACAACGUACUAGGACGGGUAGAGAUGUUGGUUCGAUGGGAUAGCGUCUCACAUUCAAGCAACGAGCACAGCAUGUUAGAAGCUGUAGCACUCUCUUUCCAAAGGAUAACUUCGGUCUCGAGAGAGCUAGCUUGA